GCAGCGACGACGUACGGCGAUCAACGGCGUUUGUUGUGAGUUGACGUCGCGAGAGUGUCAUCGUCGAGGGUCGUAUUCGUGUCAAUUCGGUGACCAUCCCCGGAGAGCGAGAGUCUCUGAUAUAUAUAUAUAUAGAGAGAGAGAGAGAGACGAGAGGAGAGAGUGCGCGCGCGUGCGGAAGGGCGAGUUAGGGAACUGUAGAGGAACGCGAGUGCGAAGGCUCGAGAAGACCCGUCAUCGUCGUCGUCGUCGUCAUCGUCGCGUGUCGUCCUCUCACAGACGAACGGGACGAUGAAGUUCCAAUACAAGGAGGAGCAUCCGUUCGAGAAGAGGAAGGCCGAGGGCGAGAAGAUCCGACGGAAAUAUCCCGAUCGGGUGCCCGUGAUAGUUGAGAAGGCCCCAAAGGCGAAAAUCAGUGAUUUGGACAAGCAGAAGUAUUUGGUACCCUCUGACUUAACUGUCGGUCAGUUUUACUUUUUAAUUCGUAAAAGGAUUCAUUUACGUCCCGAAGAUGCCCUAUUCUUCUUUGUCAACAACAUCAUUCCUCCAACAAGCGCUACCAUGGGUUCUCUUUAUGCGGAACAUCAUGAAGAGGAUUUCUUCUUAUACAUAGCGUAUAGCGACGAAAACGUAUACGGUCACCACUAAACCCUGCAGGAUGAGCGAAUUGCCGAAACAACACGGGAUUCAACAACCAAAAAUCUACCAUCUACCAAUGUAGUCCUCAUAGACGCUUUUGAAAACCGAGCAUACGAAAUUACAUCUAUUGAUAUACUUUGUGUGAAAUUUUAUGUCUUGAUACUGCACAUUUGCUUUUUCCGAAAAAAAAAACUUCACAACUAUAUCCUUGGAUAAUGAAAAACAAGUGUGGAUUCCAAUUUUUCUUUGUCACCUAAGAGGACUUAGUUCACCCGUAUGACGUAAGAACGACUAAUUUGUGCAAAUUUUAUGUGAUCAUGUAAUGUCUAGCCUGGCCACUAAAAAAAAAAAAAGAAAAAAAGAAAAGAAAACCCCAAAAAAGUCUUUGUAUCGCCAACCAUCGCUAAUAUUCUCAUAUUUUAUGUUUCAUUGCAUAUUACGAUCAUGAUGUGUUCCGAGGCUAGUAAAGCAUAAAUUCGAAGUAUAUAUGAUAUAGAUGACGGAAUUCUAUACGUGAUAUCAUUUUCAAUAAUCUAGAUUAAUAUUAUGUAUUAUACGUUAUUUUGACAUGAUUUAAUUAAUAAACGAAGAGAAAUUGUUGGAUAUGCGAGAAAAAAUUUUCUGUAAUAUCUUGAAAAGGCCAAUAAAAAAAAAUUAAAAAUAUG